CAGAUUGACGCCAAAAGUGCGGUUUUUCCCGUAUCAUCUGCCCCCUCGCUCGUUUUGCUGCUUUAUCGACAACGGGGGCUGUUUGAGACGGCGUUAUCAAAAGCUACAGCGGCGGUAUCACCAGGCGCCCCUAUGGUCAAGUUCAUUUUCUUGUCCAUUUCCCUGGCCCUUUUCCUCCACCAUCACGCAUAUGUCGAUGCUCGACAUAAUUUUCAUCGGUUCGUUGAACAACGUGACCGUUCCGCCGGUUUCCUCGGUAUACACCGGCAAAUUUUAAGGGGUGCAGGUCGCCCGUCUUCAUUUCCAGUCUCUCUUCCCACCAUGUCGCCAACAUCGACUCCGUCCACGCCCCUCUCUACCUAUUACCUCUCCCCCUCGCCAACUUCCUCCAAAUUCUGCCCUUCCUCUUGUGGCGUCGGCUUGUUUCAUGCUCUGAGACACCUCCCCCAGCCCACGCGCAUUUCCUUCCCCCUCUGGGCAACCGCCGCGGAGCUGGCGGGAGACCUGACGGCAGAUAAGGCGGCUGAGAAUGUGGUCAUAGUAGGAUCAGGCCCUGCAGGGUACACCGCCGCAAUUUAUUGCGCUCGAGCAAAUUUAAAACCCGUGAUCUUCGAGGGCGCGUCCUCCACCGGGGGACAAUUGAUGGCCACCACGGACGUGGAGAAUUUCCCGGGCUUUCCGGACGGGAUAUUGGGACCAGACUUGAUGAUGAAUAUGAGGAAACAAGCGGCCAGAUGGGGGCGGAGCUGGAGAGUGACGACGUGGUAAGCGUGGACCUGUCUUCUCGCCCUUUUUCCGUGACGGGGCGAACGGACGGUGCGUGACGGCGCAUUCCGUCAUUAUCGCCACGGGGGCCGUGGCCAAACGCCUCCGGCUCCCGAACGAGGAGAGGUAUUGGUCAAAGGGGAUCACGGCGUGCGCCAUCUGCGACGGCGCCGCCCCCAUGUUCAGCGGAGAACCCCUGGCUGUGGUGGGGGGGGGAGACAGCGCGGCCGAAGAGGCGGUGUACCUGACCAAGUACUCGCCGGAGAUCCAUCUUUUGGUCCGAGGGGAGAGCAUGCGGGCGUCCCGGGCCCUCCAGGACCGGGUGUUGGCGAACAGGAAGAUCUUGGUGCAUUACAACACGCGCGUCGUGGACGUGUCGGGCGACGACCCGGAGGUGCCCUUCCUGAAGAGCCCCGUGACCGCGGUGCAAGUGGCCACGACGGAGGGGAAGACAGAGGUAAUGAAGAGCCUGGCGGUCCGUGGUUUGUUCUACGCCAUCGGACACGACCCGAACACGGCCUUGUUCGCGCAAUUUUUGGAUGUGGACGAGAAAGGCUACGUUCGUGUGGCCCCCGGAACACCCACCACCUCUUUGUCCGGCGUCUUUGCGGCAGGCGACGUUCAGGACCCGCACUGGCGCCAGGCCGUGACCGCAGCGGGCUCAGGCUGCAUGGCUGCCCUGGCAGCCGAGAGGUAUCUGUCGGGGGAAGGGCUGCUAAGGGAAGUGCACCAGCCUAAGGACGACGUGGAGAGGAAAAAGGGGGCAGGAGACAGGGGCGGGGAGAAGGCGGUCCAAGAGCCGAGAGAAAAGCAGACAGAGGCCACUGCCAUACCAAGCGACAGCAACAGUGGGAGUGGGAGUAGAGGUGGGAGUGGCACCGGCAUGCGCAGCCUCGCGGCUGCCGCCGAAGACGACGCCACCGACACAUACCACAAGGGAGAGGCGGCCUUGCAGUCCCUCCUGGCCUCGAGCGGCAAGCCUAUCCUGAUCAUGUUCAUGAGCAAGACUUGCGGGCCCUGCCGGAUCCUGAAGCCGAUUCUUGGCCGGGUGUUGAAGGAAUAUGAAGGGCGGGUUCAUUUUGUAGAAAUCGACAUCGAGGAACAUCCAGACCUGACGUUGCAGUCCUCCGUGGCCGGGACCCCGACCGUGCAGCUGGUCAAUCUGAAGAAUCGGGCCGAGGGGGAGGAAGUGGUGACUCUGAGGGGGGUGAAGAAGGGGAGCGAGUACAAGGCGCAGAUCGAAGAGGCGCUGGGGGGGCAUGAGUGAGCACGAGGUAAAUGACAACGAUGAAAUAGGUAACAGGGUCGAAUGGAAAUACAACGGAACGAGAAAGGCAAGGGGAGGAAAAAAUCGUGGUUCAGUCGCUGCGACGGCGCAGACGGCGGCCCUGUGUAGAUGAGGCCAUCUUGAUGCAGACUACUCAAAUGCGUACAAGUUAGCGAACGAUUUUAGCGUUACACACGAAAAGCCUGAUUUACUUAAGAAUUCCAACGUAAGACUGAUCUAUUGCAAGGCUCCUUUCAUAGGCGAGCCCGUUUGAAAGUCAAAAAAGGAUGCGAAAUUACCAACACCGAG